UCGGCUCCGGCCGCGGCUUUGCCGUGCCCCCAAGAGCCCGCAGGUGCCCGGCAUGGGGCUGCUGACCGAGCUGGCCCGCGGACUGGUGCGGGGAGCCGACCGCAUGUCCCCGUUCACCAGCAAGCGCGGCCCGCGGACCUACAACAAGGGCCGAGGGGCCAAGAGGCCGGGCGUGCUCACCGCCAACAAGAAGUUCAUCUUAAUCAAGGAGAUGGUGCCCGAGUUCGUCGUCCCCGACCUGAAGGGCUUCAAGCUCAAACCUUACGUGUCGUACCGCGCCCCCGAGGGCUCCGAGCCGCCCAUGACGGCCAAGCAGCUCUUCAACGAGGUGGUGGCUCCCCUGAUCGAGAAGGACGUGAAGGAAGGCACCUUCGACCCCAACAACCUGGAGAAGUACGGCUUCGAGCCCACGCAGGAGGGCAAGCUCUUCCAGCUCUUCCCCAAGAACUAUGUGCGGUAGGGAGCGAGCCCCGGGGCCGCCGCACCGCG